UGCAUGAGAGGAAAUCAAUAAAUUUCAAUAAAUCAAUAUUUUACCGUGCACCCUGCGCUGAAUAUAUCCGCUGCCGCCAUUUCGAUGAUGACGACGUAUUUUUUGUGAGAGAUAUUCGAGUAGCGGAGCGACUCGGUUACGCCGCGCGGGGUUGCGGGGCUGCGGCCGUCAGUCGUCGGGUGAGCGGGGUGCGACGUAAACGCGGUCUCGGACUAUGGCGGAAGGGCUGAUCCUCAUUCCCAUAAAAGGGUCGAGUUGAUCGUGGUGCAGAUACGUGUGAUCUCCCUGCGCCCGUCAAGCGGAUGCACUAGCACUAUGAAAGAUAUUAAAGAUGGCUUCUAAGUAAAUAUUAUACAUUGUUAAAGAUUUGUUGUAUUGUUCAUGGAAUACGAGAGAAAACUUAUGUAUACAUCAUUGAAAUAUUGUUGAUACGUUAGCUUUUAAGCCAGGACUGGUAUUGAUCAUAUCUUCCAAAGAAGGAAAUAUAUUGUAAAGAUGGCGACGCAAAGAUUUUGUUUAAGGUGGAACAACCACCAAACCAAUAUGUUGUCAGUGUUUGAUCAGCUACUACACGCAGAAACAUUCACUGAUGUAACGCUGGCCGUCGAAGGUCAGUUGCUUAAAGCACAUAAGAUGGUUUUGUCGGCUUGCAGUCCUUACUUCCAAGCCUUAUUUGUUAAUCAUCAAGAAAAACAUCCAAUUGUUAUAUUGAAGGAUGUUCCUUACUCUGAUAUGAAAAGCUUGUUAGACUUCAUGUACAGAGGUGAAGUCAGCGUCGAUCAGGAGCGACUGACGGCAUUCCUCAAAGUAGCUGAAAGCUUAAGGAUAAAAGGACUCACUGAAGUCAAUGAAGAAAAAUGCGAUAUUCCCGCAUUGACGAACUCGCUAAUACAACAACAGCAGACCAAUACAUCGGCGCACACUCCUCCGCCACAGUUACAUAGAAUACACCCGUAUAUGCAUCAAAAGAGGCCUGCGUCAGGUAUUCCAAGUGGAGGGGCACCUCCUAAUUUACUUAUGCCUCUAUUGGGCAACGCUUUAAUGCAACCAAAACGGAAACGAGGACGACCCAGAAAACUGAGUGGAAGCUCUAGUGAUGCCCUUAAUACAGCCGCCAGUCCACCGGGUGAAUUUAUACCGGAAUCCGCGUCGCAUGCAUCUUCAAAUCGGGCGGGAGAUCAACUGAUUCGUGGCUCACCAGAAAUGCUAGAAGUUAAGAUGUCAAUGGAUGGAUUCAAUGCAGAAGAUGGAGCUACAUCCGGCGGAGAAGAUGGGGGGGAGGCGUUAAUGAUCGACGAGGGAGAUGAUGCCCAGUCAAAUGAGGCUCUGACAUCGGGCAAAGAUUCGGAAUCAGCAGGUCGUGGUACGCCUGAUUUUGAGAAUAGAGACAUUAAAUAUGUGCAAUCACCCACAACCGAUGGCCAAGGAAAAAUUCGUAUAAAUCCUUCAACACAAUCCGCAUCCACCUCGAAUGAAUAUCAUAACGAUUCCAUUAAUAAUAACACGUUACCAACAGGAGGACAAAUGCAAAGACCGGCAGUGAGAAGGCGUAUAAGGAGAAGAGCAAACUCUGCGUCCAAUGACCCUGCGGAACAGUUAACAGAAAUGUCAGUCCGGGGCUUGAAUUUAUUCAGAUACGCAUCCGUGAACGAAGGCGUAUACCAAUGCACGGAAUGUGCGAAAGAAAACAUACAGAAAACUUUCAAAAACAAAUAUUCAUUCCAGAGGCACGCUUUCCUCUAUCACGAAGGGCAACAAAGGAAAGUAUUUCCAUGUCCGGUCUGCUGCAAAGAAUUCUCUAGGCCUGACAAAAUGAAGAACCAUAUGAAGACAACACACGACUAUUACGUUCCCAAGGACUGUGUCUAUCCACCGAAUGCCUUCUUUAUGUUACCUGGCAUUGAAGGUCAAUUACCCCCAGGGAUAAAAUUAGAGGCGGUAGGAUCAGGAUCGCCUCAUGGCUCAACACCAUCACAUUCUUCCCCUGAUCCUGCACAAGCUUAAGUAAAUCGUUGUGACAAGUAUUAUGGAUUCCAUAUUAUUAUCAUUAUCGUUAUGAAUCGUUAAUAUAGUGCCUUGAAAAAACGCCUUUAUAUUAUAGGUAUUCUUGAAAAUAAUAAUCUUUAGAAUUAGAAGUUCAGAGUUCAAUAGGCAUAGUAUUUGUUCUAUUUUUGGAGUGAAAUUUUAAUGUACACUUUUAUUGUAAGUAUUUCCAAUGAUACUGUUAUGCAUUUAAUAUCUAAUGUUUGUUACAUAGAGCUCAUUGUUUUUACUUGUAAAAAGUAUGGUUGUGCAAAUAUUAGACAAUAAUUUACACAAUUUAAUAGAGGCCAGUUACGCAACUACUACGGCGUAUUAAAUUUUAUUUGUUACAUUUACUAGCAUUAUUAGGUACUAUGCAAGUCUGAAAUGUGCCUUCCGAUCGUUUUCUACUCUAGACUUUUUAAACCUGUUGUUCAAAUUUCCCUUUGAUAAACUUUUACUUGAAAAGAUAUCGCAAGACACCGACCAAAGACUGUAGUUAACAUUUAUUUGUCUUCGCAAUACAUUUAAAAAAAAAAAAAAAUGAUGAUAUUAAAUACGUUCUAUAGCUUCAUCAUGCCAACAGGAUUUAAGUACUGCAAUGAUUCUAUAAUAUUUUCUUGUCUAACCAAUCUUCGAUUUUGCGUAGGUUGUAUAUAAAUUGCAACAACCAGAAGAGAAUUUCAAAAUAAUUAUAAAGAUAAGUGAAAAUAUUAUAUAUUAUUAGUAAAUAUCAAAUAUUUCUUAUUGAAGACUUUAUAUAGUUAUAUUAAUUAACUGUUUCAAUUUUAGUGAGCCUAUUGUUACGAUACAUAUUUAAAUUGUUAUAAUCGACAUAAAUAGUUAAAGUUAUAGAUCAAUAAAUAAGCUUACGUAAAAUCUAUUAGUGCCAUAGCGCAUAUGUUAAUGUUGUGUAAAAUAAAGUGUCCAUCUAUCAUUUUAGGACUUAAGGUAAAGUAGGUUCUAGGUCGCCUAGAAGACGAGAAACGACAAUCAGCAGUUCUUCCAUUGAUAAGGAAAAUAAUUUGAUAGAUUUAUAUAAAUAAUCUCCACGGAUAUAUUGAUAAGUUCUCGUUUUAAAAAGUUAUUAUUGUAAGUUUUUCUAUAAAAAGAGUUUUGAUAACAAAAGCAAUUUUUUUAUUAAAUAUGUAGAAUAUAUUAUUAUCAUACCCUAGAUUUUUAGAUUUAUCUACUUAAAAUAUUAUUGAGUUUGUGUUUAAAUUUAGCGCACAAUUUUAAGUUUAUUUAAGGUUGAUAGGUUCAAGUUUCUGUAUAUAAUUAAGGAUAGACUUGGAUCUUUAUAGAUUUUAUAAUUGCCGAUAAGGUAUUAACAAUUAUAGUGUGAUUUUAGAUAGAUAUGCCAGCGCCAGUCAAUCGCACAAAUUAGCCAUUCGAUAGCGUUGUAUAGUUUGUUCGUCCGUUUGCGCGCUGCCGAAACAGUUUCAUUUGCUGUAAAUCUCAGUUCACAAAUUCCUUAUGUAUAAGCGAGACAGCUUAUAUAAUAAAACAAAAUAACUACUAUUGUCUUGCUGUCAGAAGUCCAAAGCCCACCGCAAAAACUAGCUAUGUCUGUUAGCACAAAAGUAGAUUUAGAAAAAUUUACUCACUCUAACAGUAUCGAAGUUUAAUAUCUGUCAUACUGACGACGAACCCUUUCGACGCGUUUAGAUGGUAACAUUUUAUGAAUUCCUUUUUACUAUUUCUACCCUUAUCAAUCAUCGUUCGAGAUUGAAAAUUUUUAAUGUAAUUGAAUUAAAAUAUUUACAGCUAGUUUUUGAAAGCACUUUCACUCUUUCUCAAACUAAAUUCGGUGACAUCUAUUUAUUGGCUUAUUAACGCAAAUGAUCAAUGGUUCUUAUCUUGUUCCAAACUAGCCGAUAAAAUGCAACUGCUAAACUCGUUUUAUACUUAAUAGCAGGUAAAUCUAUAAGCGUUUCUAAAAUAAAUAAAUAAAUAUUGUGUACAUAACCCAUUAAAGUAUUUUACCAUCUUUGGCCCUGUCUCGGCAACGCAGAAAACGCUUCUUCAUGGGAAAUCUCUCACGAAGUUUCUUUCUUUUCCAUUCCUGUUAGAACACUUUUUUCGAUUUGAGUUUUUUUUUUUGAGUAACACGUUAUUUAUAUUUUUAUUUUCUUUCUUUUUGUAGUAUUUUGUUUUGUGAUAUUAGUGCUAACUAAGUUAGCAACAUGUUCAUUGUUGUAUCUUACUUUUCCUUUCAACCAUGUGCUGCCAGGCAGCCUUUAUAUAAAUAUAGAUUAUAUACAAAUAAUUGUUUUCAUUUAGUAUUAUGGUCACGAUACACGUGUCUCUUUAUUUAAUUUAAGAAUUGGCGAUGGUACUAUAGUAUUGACCAAAUAUCGCUGCAGACUGCGUCAUAAAACGUAAGAAAGGUGUAGCGAAUGUUUCGAACUCUCUCGCCUUCAUGAGCGAUAUAUAUAUAAAUACAUGCUAAAAUAAAUAAAAUAUAUUAAGUUCUUAGGGUUUGCACUGGCCUUCUAUGAUUUACUGCUUAAUCUGCAACGUAAUUCAGUCAAUACCAUACCAUAAAAGACCAAUUUUAUAUUUUAAGUCUGUAGUGUUUUUGAGUUGUAAAAUAAUUAGUCGAUCAUUUUUCCUCAUAUAAUAUGACAUCUGUUUUAUAGUUUUUCUUUUCAUUAUUUUUGUGUACUAGAAUUUUUAUUGAGUUUAUUAUCGACAGAGAUUUCUUAAGUGUCUUAUUUAAUUGUUUAACAAUUGACGGCGAUUUUAGGUGCCUUUUGUAUUUUCAUUCGUGGAUAUAUCGUUUACAUUAUAAACUAUUGAGAUUUUGUUUUAAUUCAUUUUCAUCAAAAUUUUAUCUGGAUAAACAGUAACCGUCUGAGGUUUUUAGAAACCCAAUAUUUAUUCAACUUAAAAAAAACAACAUGUAAUCUAGGAGUUGUCUAAAUGUUUUAAAUUAUUUUUAU